ACAGAGCGAAAACCUAAAUGAAGGGCAGUGAAUAAAUGUGACGGUUGUCUCAACUCUCAUGUCAGUUUAUCAAGUGGGCCCACUAGCAUAAAGUUGAGAACCUCCAUUUAUCCAUCUCUCCCCUUCUCUCUCCUUCUCAAAUACUCCUCACUUCACUACUCCCUUCCUCCAUUCUUAACAACUCGUCAGAUCUCACUAUUUGUCUGCUCAAAUUCCAUAUCAAUAGAGUGUGAGAGAGAGAGAGAGAAACCGCGUAUAUGCAGAUUACACUGCAACACCAUACAGUUAAAAUCAUCUUAAUAACAACGACAAACACAUAAAAUCUGCAGCAAAUAGGGGUUUUGGUGGUUGGCGAAAGAGAAAGAAACUUUAUGUGGUGCGUCAAUCAGCGAUGUUUUUGUUUGCCGCCGGCAAGAAAUGUUCAUUCUACGCGUCGUUUUUGACUGCCGGAAUCAUCAUACUCGUCGUAUUCAUGCUUCUUUGUCACUCUCUGACUGUCAGUGCAAUACGCCCAUUUCCCGUCGAUUUUCAUAAUGCGUCAAGAAACAAUACCAUUAAUAAUAAUUAUAAUGAUGAUGAUUUGUUGGCUAAGUAUUUCAAUGGCAGUUCAUACAAAUUCACCAGUAAUUCAUCAACUAUUCUUGACGAUUCCAAGAGAAGAGUUCCCAGCUGCCCUGAUCCACUCCACAACAAGCUAAAAUUUGAAAGCUUGUGAAAUUUAAGUCUUGCAAACAUUUGCUAGCAAAUGUCCCAAAUUCAAUGGUACGUGAGUAGAUUUAUUUAUACGGAUCAUCAGACUCGAUUUAGAUUUAGCGUUAGGUGUUUUAAAUUAGUUCUACGUUGAUUUUUAAAUUAUAAGUAGUGAGUUUUAUUUUUUUUUGAAAAUCGGGUUAAAUCAGAUUUUGAUUAUAAGAUCAAGUAAGUAUCGAGUCGUUGGGUUUAUUUUGAAUAAUUAUAGCGCAGUGUAGGGUUGUUUAAAACAAAUUCGAUGACCCGAUAUUCACCCGAUCUUCUAACCGAAUUCGAUUUAACCUGACUAAAAAAAUGAAAUUUUACAAUUGUUUAAAAAUCAAUAUGAGCACAAGAUUAAAUUUAAAUCUACUAAAAAGGCCAAAUCCAAAACACCUCUAGUAAGAAGGAAGUAUUUUGAUAGUGUUGUUAUUGUUAGUCUCUCCAAUCCACUAGUAAUGUCUAGUUUGCUUUUUGGUCACUAUUUAUUUUUUGUAUUUUAUUAUUAAUUUAUAAAUGAAAAUAUAGUUAAGUGGAAUCUUAUUUGAUUCGUAUGCAUAAUUUAAGAUACUAAAGAUUCAAUAAGUGCAUUGCAUAGAUGGUAUAAAGCAAAAAUAAAACAUUAAUAAUGAAUUGGAAGGAGUAUUAUUCAAUGAGUAUCAGAGUCCAAUGUACUAGUACUAAAGUUGGACUAUUUAUGUAUUUUUUUAGUAUUUCUUUGUUUGGAGAUAAUAAGUAAAUUAGUACCUUCUUUUACUCAUAUGAGUAAUGUAUAGUCUACCAACCCCAAAAUUUGAUUAUUCACUUGUGGGUUGCUGAACCAGUCUUUGAGAAUAACAGUAACGGAUAAGUUACCUUCACACUUUUACCUGAUUUUUUUUUAUAAAAAUUAAUGCAAUGGUUCAUCCUAAUAUUCUAUUA